AUGUCGGUCCACGCGCUCGCCAAAUCCACACGCCACGAAUUCAGCAAGACGCCCGUGGCGGCCUUCACGCUGGUGGCCGGCCAUGGCGUUGAAGACGACUGCCACAGCGGAGUGCACGUGCAGCACCGCAGCCGGCUGCACAUCCAGCCGCCGCCGCCGAACCUGCGGCAAGUGCACCUGAUUCCCAAAGAGGUGCUCGACGAGCUUGGCGUCGCGCCCGGCCAGAUCGGCGAGAACGUCACCACGGUCGGCGUCGACCUUCUGGCCCUCGGCGCCGGCGCCAGGCUGCGUUUCGUGCCCGCUAAUGCCGACAACUCGGAAGUACCAGCAGACGGGACCACCCCGACUGUGGUCGUCCAGGGCCUGCGCAACCCCUGCCCCCAGAUCGACAAGUUCCAGUCGGGCCUCCGCGAGAAGUUCAUUCUGCGCGACAGUGAGGGCAGGAUUGCAACGAGGAAGUCGGGCGUCAUGGGCACUGUCGAGGUCGGCGGGCCUGUCGAGGUCGGCAUGAAAAUCGUCGUCGAGAGUUCUGAUAAUUUCCAGGCCCUCGCAUGCGUGUAA